AUGGCUUCGAGAUCCCCGACAGCAGCCACGCCGCUGCCAAAAUCCUCGACUGUGCCCGAGAGUCCUUUGAAAGACGCGUCCGAGACCCCAGAAACAGUUCCCUUCCCUCCACCCCAGACCUUUGAGAUCGUCCCACCCCUACACGGCAUUCUUCUUCGCUUGCUAUCUCCUAAAAACGCUCAAACUGGGCCAACUGGUGUCUCUGGAGAGACCACAGGAGCUCUGGGGGCCUCGGCGGACGCACAGGUGCAACAACAGCAGGCACCGUCAAGCAUCCCCGGAGGUGACAACAAUAAUCUUGCAACAUCGCAAGCUAUCCCGGAGGUCCCUGUCCACGAUUCCAAUGGUGUCCCACCCCUCGACGUGAAAGAUCUCCCCACCGCAACCAGCUCAGUCAGGAUUCGCAUACAAAAAGCGCGAGCAGUGGUGGAAGCCCUUCCAGAUGUAGACCGGUCCGUGGAAGAGCAGAAGACCGAGAUUGCGGAGCUUGAGGACCGUGUUGCUCGCCUGCGUGCUGUGAUUUCAGACUUUAGAAAUCGAGCAAAGAAUUCUCAUAAGGGCCGUGUCGAGAUAACAGCCAGCUGA